GACGNNCCCGGGGCGGCGCGGUGCGGAGAGACGGCGGAGCCGGGCUGGGGCCGGGGGCACGGCGGCCCCGGGGAGCCGGGCUGGGCGCGGGGGGAGCGCCCGGAGCGCGGCCGGCGGUGGAAGUUGUUCGCGCAGUUAUAAUUAGCCCGGCCGGGGUCUGAGCGAGCCGGGCGGAGGAAGGGGGAGGAGUGUAACUUUUCGCAGCUCGGGAAGCCCAAGGUUGUCUCUGGUUACCGCUGCCCACGGCCGCGGGGGGGGCGGGACGCCCGCAGGAAGCACCGACGCUCCUUCCACAAAGGCCAAAUGGUGGCAGGAGCCGCGGGAGCGGCUGCGGGAGGGCGGCAGGAAAGGGCUUUCCCUGGAUCCCAGCGGCUCCAUCCUGGCGCUCCUGAUCGCUGCCGCUCGGUAGUUGCGACUUACGUUGUAUAGAAAAUGCAGUGACUGCACACCUCUCCCUGUGACCUAACAAGUACACUUUAAUGAACCUCAAUAGUGACCACCUGAAGUCCUGCUGUUUCAGAGCAAAUAGUUCCGAGGUUCUGUAAGCGGAGGAGCCCUUUGGUAGCAUCAGGCUAUGAGUUGCUAUGUAAGAUGAACUGUAGGCGUUUACUUGCCCGUCUGUCUGAAUUCGCAUCAUCCUACCUUGGUGGAUGGCUUGGCCUCUGGGAUAGUUCAAGACUCUUGGAUGACCACGCUUUAUGCAAAAUCCAGAAUCUUCCUGCCUGGACUCCUUUCUGUUUUCUAAGGGUUCAUGUUGGGGAGAGGCCUAAAGCGCAAGCUGAGUGACUAUGAGGAGAGCAUGGCUGGUCUCACGAGUGCCUUUGAUUCCAGUCGAGGUCUGCCCUACCCACUCAAGAGGCAGCUGGUGCUCAACAUGUGCCUCACCAAGUUACAGACGUACAAAAUGCUGGUGGAGCCCAACCUGCACCGCUCCGUGCUCAUCGCCAACACCGUGCGGCAGAUCCAGGAGGAGAUGAGGCAGGAGAGCAGCCAGCAGCCAGUGAAUAUCUGCCCUGGCAUUGCUCCUGCUUCUCACAGCUACACAGGGAUGGAGUCACCUGGCAUUUCCCUUCAGUUGCCUUCAGGUGUUGGUCAGCAAGAGUCCCACUGCUGUGACCUGCGGUCUGUGGAGGACCCCAUUGAAAACAGCCUGCUGAUCGUUUCAGACGACGACAUGUCAUCUGCUAUUUCAUCUAUUCUGAAGGAUUUGGACUUUGUGGAAGAUAUCAGCCCACCUACCUGUCUGGUUCCUACUGCAGAUGACCAGCCAAAGUUUCCAGAUAAUACUGGUCUGAAACUAGAAGAUGACAGGCAGGAUUUGAAGGGAGCUGAAUGUGUGUUUGGUUCCUUUGAGAUUUCAAAUUCAACCAGUUACUUGAAGGAUUUGGCAAUAGAUGACAUUUUUGAAGAUAUUGACACUUCAAUGUAUGAUUCAGACUUCUGUUGCCCUCCCCUGAUGCCACCCAGAUCACCAUCUCUUGCUACAGAAGAACCAUUGAAAACCUUCCCAUCUUGUAAUUCUUCUUCAGCAAACAACAUUCAGAUAUGCAGAACAGAUCUGAGUGAGUUGGACCACAUCAUGGAAAUUCUCGUUGGAUCCUGAUACUUGUUUUACCCAAAGAUACUUUUAGACUGCCACUUGCAUUUGGUUUCAGGAUAAAAGCCACUGGAAUAGUUGUAAAGAAUUCUUUAAAAAGCAAACUAAAUAAUAAUUUGUCCAUAGUAGAAUUUUCUAAAUAAUUCCAAAACUUGCAAACCAAAAAAGUGGCAGAUUUUAAAAAAGAAAAAUUAUUUAUCAGAACUGUGCAAUCAUCAUUUUCCUUCCAGGGUGUAUGUGGAACAAUGGGCACAUACCCCCAUCACCCCUCAUGCCUCUUUCAAUAAACUUUUUUAUGUGCAAUUUUUAAUUUGACAGAAGAAUUUACAUGCAAAGCAAAUUUCAUAUGAGGUGAUCUUUUACAAAGCCUCCACUUUAUUUUUAAUAUCAGAGUCUAUGCCAAGCUGGCAUCUGUCAAGUUGCAGAGUUAGAUUGUGUGGAUUGCAGACACGUUCUUAGAGAUGGGUAUAUUUUAAAAAUGAGACACGCUUUGCUUUCUUUUGGUCAGAAAAGCAGAUCAAGACACUUACCAACAAAGUCUCUUGCAUUUUCUAAAGCAUUCAGAACUAUUUAUUUUUGUAAAUUUUAUAGUCUUUCUACAUUUUACUAUGUUAUUUCAUCAUAGUUCAAAUAUAAUGGACUUCUAGUUGGAUGUGUUUAGCACUACCUCUGAGCUGAAAUGCUUUAACUCUUUCCAGUGCUUCAUCUGAGACUGCAAAUCUUUUUGUUUCUGUUUCUUUCUGGGGGAAAGUACUUCUAACUCAAUAAGUUGAUCCUUUGACAGUGACCUAGCUGAUUCGUGAAAUCAAGGGUAUUCAAUGUUUAAAAACUUCUAAGUAUUUACAAAUUAAUUUAUAUGUAGAUUGUGCAAUUUAACAUUUUUCUGUCAGUAUUAUGUGCUUAGAUUUUGAAUAAUCUUGGCGUUCUUUAAAUUAAAAUUUACUAUGUACAGGUAGCUUUUUAUUCUCUUUUGGAAAACACUGUCCUUAAACCCUGCUUUCACUACAGAUUUUAAGGUGAUUUUUAUGUGCAAUAUUAUUUAAAGAGAUACACAUUUUUAUACCUGGCAUUGUGGGAAGAAACGCUUCAAACUUAAAACCUCUAGCACCUUUGGAGGAUACUCAGCCAACAUUUCUGCAUCCUUUCAGAAGCCAAGCUGAGAACGCUGAGAACACAUCGCCCUGUGCUGUGACAGCCCUGGAGCACCCGUGGGGCUGUGGGGAGCCAGUGCUGGUGGCUCUGUCCCUCCCAGGGCUGGGGCCACCCGGGCUUUGGAGCCCCAGAGCUGCUGCCCCAGCCUGUCCUGGGUGGGGCAGGGGUGUUUUUAUGCAGGUACACAAAAGUCCUGCUCAGCUGGAGGUGAGAUUUGCAGUGAGAACUGGUUUUCCAUCAGGCAGUUUGGGUUCUCUGUUUCAGCCUGAACCGAGGUCUAGAUCGAUCCCUGCUAUCGUCUUCUGAGUUUCACACUUGCACAUUGCUUUUCGGUUUGGAUUUUGUUUUGGUUUUUUUUUUUUUCCUUCUUUUUUAAUUAUAAAACUUUGUUCUUGAAAGCUGCAGCACCUGUCUUGGAAACUUGCAGUUGCAAAACCUUUGCUUUGGUUUGUUGUAUUUUUUGGGUUUUUGUUGUUCUGCUGAGACUUUUUAUGAACGGAGUGUCGGCAGAGGGGAAAAAAUGUUGCCUGUGUGUUGCAUCUCACAGAAGCUGAAAUCCUGGCCCUGUUGAAGGGGCCAGGGUGUCACCUGGUAUUUCUGGUCUUAACUGAUGCUGUGGCACACCUACCUUGUGCAGAGAUCUCCAUUUUUUACUGUGACUCUCUUGGUUAACAGUUAGCUGCCGACAUAAUUUGGUAUCCCAGGCCAAUGGAGAACCAUUUCGGGUCACAUCCUCGCAGCCAUCUGGGUUGUUUAGCAACUGAAGGGUAUAAAUGUAUUUAUAUGCAUAUGUUGUAUUGAUUCUAAUAUAAAUCUGAUCUAAAGCAUUUUGAAUUGCUGGAUAAAGGGAUUUGUUUGAAGAGUGUAUAACUAGUUCUUGAAGAGGUACAGCUUCAGAAUGUACACAGAUUGUGCAUUGUGUAUAGACUACUCUGGCUUUUCCUCAGCCUCUACUUUUGUAUUAAAAAUAUGACUGAAUAAAUCCUUGAAAUAUUAAGGGCCUUCUGCACUGUGAUGAAACAGAGAUGCGGUUAAAAAUGUCUUUAAAUUCAGUGAUGAGGGAUAAAAUAAAAAGACUGCAUCUAAUCUCUUUUUGCAUUUGAAAAUAUGGAAUGUUACUAUGCAGUAAAGAUAUUUUGGUAAGAAAAUUGUAUCAUAUAGCAAAUAGUGAACACUUAAUAAAUCCACUUACCUUGCAGUCUCUACAGAAACAGAAGAGAAGACAACUUGCUUUUCAACAUUUAUGUACUAAAGUUUUUUGUAUACUGCAGCAAAAGAUUUAAUUGUUGGUAGAUCUUUUAUCAACAAUUCAAAAUGCAAUUUUUGUACAAGUCCUGGCUACAGAGCUCUGUUUCUAAUUGGUUGCUUGUGUCACAGUGCCAAGACUAUGAGCUGGUGUGUAAUGCAGUUCGGUUAUGUUUGGAAUUAUGUGCAAAGGGAAGUUUAAUUUUUAAAUAUGCACAAAUUAAUUUUAAAAUCCUUCCAUGUAAAAUGAAGUUAGAGGCUAGUUGUGGUAGACCUAUUUAUUGUAUGUUUGGAAAUAAAAGCCACAGUUUUGCAUUUAAAACAGU